UACCUACUUAGCCAUCGCGAAACUCCACAUCUGCUUCCCUUUUGCGCGCCUAAUCCAACGUCAUAGCAACGUUGCACCCCCAUAUUUCUGGACCCAUAACCACCUCACACGCUCGCACACUGGCUACAAUUGCGCCCGGAACAUCUCCGUGACCACAAUAAGAAGAUUUUCCGUCUCCUUUCGGGGGAAAUCGCAUUACAGUACAAAUCCUCCCAAAUCAAGCCGUUUCGCAACAUCUCACAGCGUCGUCGUACAUACACAACACACAAUGUCGAUAGAAAACACAUCGGCGGCGACGACUAAUGCGCAACCAAAACCAAAGGAAGACUUCGUUGGCGAGAAUGGAGACUCCGGUGUGCAACUCGACGAGGAGAAGUUAAGACAAUUCUACAUCGGCGCGAUAGACCAGGGCACGACGAGUACGAGGUUCAUCAUCUUCGACGGGUUAGGAGAGCCGGUCGCGCAGCAUCAGAUUGAGUUUACGCAAAAAUACCCCCAUGCAGGAUGGCAUGAACAUGAUCCGCAGGAGAUUGUCGAUUCCGUAGAUCAGUGCAUAGAGUUAGCGACGCAAGCAUUCCUUGGCCAAGGCCACGACAUAUCAGACAUCAAAGCAAUCGGCAUCACCAACCAGCGAGAGACGACAGUGGUCUGGGACACCAAGACUGGCGAACCUUUACACAAUGCGAUCGCGUGGCCGGACACGAGAACCAAGGGUCUGGUCCGUGAGAUGAAGGAGCGGGACGGCGCCGGCGAGCUGCAGGACAUAUGCGGCCUCCCGCUUUCCACAUACCCAUCAUCGGUCAAGCUCGUGUGGCUCCUGAACCAUGUGGAAGCGGUCCGCCACGCUUAUGAAGAGGGACGCCUAUCCUUCGGCACCAUUGACACAUGGCUGCUAUACAAGCUCAACGGCGGCAAGGAAAGAGAUAUCCACGUAACGGAUCCGACCAAUGCUUCCCGAACCAUGUUUAUGAACCUCCAUACCGUGAAAUAUGACGAAAAACUCCUAAAAUUCUUCGGCGUCGAAAAGGACAAAAUCAACCUCCCCAAGAUCGUCCCCUCCUCUUCGGCCACUGAAUUCGGAUCGCUAUCCUACGGCAUCCUCAAGGGCAUCCGGAUUGCAGGAUGCCUAGGGGAUCAGUCCGCCGCGCUGGUGGGCCAGCAGGGCUUCUCGCCGGGUUCCGCGAAGAACACCUACGGAACCGGAUGUUUCCUGCUGUACAAUGUGGGCGAGAAGCCUGUGAUAUCGCAGCACGGCCUGCUCGCAACCAUCGCGUACGAUUUCGGCGGCAACCGGAAGCCCGUGUACGCACUCGAGGGUAGUAUCGCCGUCGCCGGCAGUGGUGUCAAAUUCCUCAUGAACAACCUCGGCUUCAUCACGCACUCGCACAAGAUCAGCGAUCUGGCCGAGAGCGUGGAGAACAACGGCGGGUGCGUCUUCGUCACGGCGUUCAGUGGUCUCUUCGCGCCGUACUGGAUCGACGACGCGAAGGGUACCAUUUUCGGAAUCACGCAGUAUACCGAACGGGGUCACAUCGCUCGCGCGACAUUAGAAGCCACAUGCUUCCAAACUAAGGCGAUUCUCGACGCCAUGGAGCUGGACAGCGGUCACAAGCUCGCCGAGUUGUCCGUCGAUGGUGGUAUGAGUAAUUCGAACCUAACUAUGCAAACGCAAGCAAACAUCGUAGGUAUCGUCAUCGACCGACCCGCCAUGCGUGAGACGACCGCCCUCGGCGCCGCCAUCGCCGCGGGCUUCGCCGUCGACAUCUGGAAGGAGUUCGACGAACUCAAGGAAAUCAACCAGCGAGGCCGCAUGAUUUUCGAGCCCAACAUUUCCAAGGAGGAAUCAUCACGCAUGUUCAAGAAGUGGAGCCGCGCCGUGGAGAUGUGUCGGGGCUGGUUGGACACUGAAGAGGUUAACGAAGAUUUUGAUGAUUGAAUGAUUGCUUUGAUCGAUCGAUUAGCUUCCGCCAACUUUUAUUUGUUAAUUUUCCUUCUUCUCUCUUCACCCUCUUCUUUUUCACAUCUUGGGACAGAGGAUUGUGGAACAUUAGGAAUGAGAAUCUCUUUCCCCAACUCCUCCCCUUUCCCGUCACCUCGUCUUUGACUAUGCGUUCAUCGUUGCCUUGCAAACGAGCUACACAUGAUCCUCCAUUCUUCGCAAAAUCCCCUCCGCCCCCAAGCAUCGAAU